AGUCAUAUCUUAUAAAAUCGCUGGCUGUGGGCGCCUCUGGCUGAAUAUAGUGAACAAAGUAUGAGUUUUCGAAAUAUUAUGUUCGAAUAAAAAGUGAUCAGUGAGUGACUGUCAUCUAGCAAGAUGGUUGAUGACGUGAAAGAUAUUACUGAAAAAGCUGAAAGCAAAGAGGCACUAGACCGGGCAAGACUUGCGCGCGAGCGACGCGAGGCGGAGCAGAGGAAGCGGCUCGACGAGCUGCGCGCGCACGCCGCGGCGGCGCAGGCGCAGCGGGAGAAGAGAGACGAGGAGAAGCGCCGCCGGCAGGCGGAGCAGCGCGCGAGGGACGACGACCGGCGACACCAGGUAGAAGAACGAAAACGUGCGAUAUGGGAGGCGUCUAUAUCGCGACGAGAGGCGCUCCUGCAGCGCGAAAAAGACCGCACCGAGAGACUGGAGCGAGCUCGCGCGGGUCGUUCGGCGCCUCGGCCGGCCUUCGCUUUCGGAUCUUCCACGCCCCGACUGCUUGAGCCUCUCGACUCUGCUGGAUUCUUCUGGGCUGCGCGCAGUACCAACCCCGUAGAUCAGAUGAACUUUUUUGAAUCGCUGGCCGCAUCAACCACCAAUGUGAUGUUUGCGUCUGCGCCACUCACGAGACGAGCCUCCGCACUUCAACUGGACUCCUCCGACAUUGAGAACAAAGCCGCUAGAGGAGUCAUGUUCUCGAGUUUCCAUGAAGCCGACCGCUCUCCGCAGCCAGCCAUGUGGUCUUCCGUGGCUCGCCGGCGCACCGACCUGAUUCCCACGGCUCCGGCUCCUCGCGCUCCAGGUAGGGCGUACUCCAUGACGCGACUGGAUCGACUGCCCGCCACCUCGCCAAACAACCAUCUCAGCAGGAGCCAGACACGAUCAGGCGAGACGACGCCUGGCUCGCGGCCCGGUAGCGCCAUGUCGCAGAGUACGGUGACGCGGCGCCCCCAGCCCGCACAGCGACGGCCACGCCCUGCCUCCAUUGCGGGCACGGGCUUGCACACCCCUCGCGCGGAGACAGGCGGGGCCAGUGAGGCCAGUAGCCCGGCCGUGUCGCGAGACGCGUCCACUCUGCGUGCUCACAGUGCACCGCGACGCGCGCGCCCCGUGUCGCUACACAUCACCUCGAAGCCGACAACACCACUCGGCCCGGGUGAGGGCAAACCGCCGUUGCACAGGAAGCCAAAGCCAUCCAAAGACCACGAAAAGAAUCGCAAGUCGCUGUCUGCGUCUCCGGGUCGCGCGCUCUCGCCGUCACCCGCCGCUACCAAGGAACCGAGCGUCGACAAAGAUGUCAAGACAACACGACAAACUCGCGGCGGUCGUGGCUCCGGUGAGGUGAGCGCGCUUGAAGUGACGCAGAAACUGGAGGCGCUUCAAGUGCAGGGAACUGACGGCACUCAGGUAGAGGAAAACGAAAACAAAGAAAACAUAGAAGCGAAUCAAGUGAACGUGAAACAGAACAACACACAAGAGAGUGUUGCGAAAAAUGAAGAAAUAGCAGAAGUGAAGAGUUUGGAGACUAAGGUGGAGGAGAAGAAAGAGCCCUCGGUGGAAAAGACUGACGAGAAUGAUAUGACUGCAUCAAUGAUAUCUCGCCGAAUCACGACCGAGGAGCAGGCGAAGGCUGCGCUUGCUGAGAGACGGCGACGAGCCCGCGAGGAGUUGGAGCGACAGGCUGAGAUUGAGAGACUCAGACUGCAACGUGAAGCGGAAGAAGAAGCAGAGAGGCAGAGACUGGAGGAAGAAAGACAGAAGCGUGAAGAAGAGGAAGCGAGAGAGCUGGCAGCGCUGCAGAGGAAAAAUGAAGAAGAGAAACUGCGAAAGGCUAUUGAGGCUCAACAGCAGCUUGAGCGCGAAGAAGCUGAACGUAAGAAGCGAGAGGAAGUGGAGAAGCAGAUGCGGCUCAAAGAGGAGGAAGAGAAGAGGAGAGCCGCGGAGGAAGCAGACAGGCUGAAGCGAGAGGAGUUGGAGAGAGAAGAGAAAGAGAGGCUUGCGAGGAAGCAGCGCGUCGAGGCGAUCAUGGCGAGGACCAGGCUAAAGAAACAAGCCGAAGAAGACAAAAAGAAACAAGAACAAGAUAAACCCCAAGAGCCACAGAACAAAAAUAACGAUACACAGGACACCACAGACUCGCAAGAUGUCAAACAACAAAGUGACAACGACAAAACAACAAACGGCGGUAGCAACGGUAAAGUUGAAACAAAUGCCAAUGUUGUUACAGAAGUGUCUGUAGCAAAAGACGGAGAAGAAAAAAAGAAUGGUGUAGAAAGUGAUGUCGAAACUACGAAAAGUGAAGAAAUCAUAAACAAUAAUAAAAGUGCCACAGCUGAUGGUGUUAAAACUUUAAAAGGCGAAUCAAUUAACAAUAAUGCAAAUGUAUUAGCAAAUGUUGAAGGCGGCGAAGUAAAGAAUAAUGGUGUCGAAGCGAAUGGUGAAAAAACGCAAGUUGAUGUACUACAUGGUGGACUUGAGUUGGUCGGACAGACUGAAGUCAAGGUUGUAGACAAUGGAAACGUGCCCACAGGGGAUCUGUUGUCGUUUACCACUAGUCAGAAUGAGUCGCCACGAGUCGAGAACAACGAUGACGUCACUGCGGAGUCCGGACAUACAGAGAGCAAGGACACAAGUGACGACCAACUGACAGUCGGGAAGCAGCCAGAACUCGGUAACUUACUAUCACUGGACACUAUGGCCCCCGACGCUGGCCAGUUACCAGCCACCGUGGGUCACAUAUCCGCUAGCUUCAUACAAACGGAGCGCAUGGCCGAACACAACCAGAAGAUCGAACCCAAGCUACUAGAAGACGAUUUCACGACGCACAAUGGCCACAAUAGUCAUCCGCUGACGUUGCGGAAUGCGAUCUAAUUGUAUGCAGGUAAGGUCGAAAAUGGCUCGGUCAUGUGUGCGUAUUGGCUAGCCAGGCUAGUGAUGCGGUGUACGGCGUGCGAUAUCGAUAAUUUAUUUAGCUUUUUCGGGCACAGUUUAGAGGAAUCGAAGUAGAUGCGGCGUGGGGAGAAAAUAAUAACAUAGAAAUGUUUCCUUUGUAUUUGGAGCAUAUUUGCUUUGAUGCAUUUGGUUUUCUGUUCUAAAUUCGAAGUAAUUCCCAGUUUAAAUAUACUUUUCAUGUCUAAUUAAUUUGUUGUGUUAUUAUCGAAAUUGUGUAUCUCUAAACUGUGGCAUCAAAUAUAAAAGUGAAAAUAAAAAAUAUUUUAAAGCUGUAUGAGUUAUGAUUAUAAGAAAGUGCCUUUGUGUAUUCGAUUGAUUUCCAGUUUGGUGCUAUAGGUUGGUUUUACUUGUUUCUCAUAAAGUAUUUUAUAACUUAGUGACGAUUGGUGCUAGAAAUCGAUACUGCUUGGUGGUAGGUAUCACUUGAGCCGGUGACAUUUUUAUUUAUUUAUUUUAUCAAAAUACACACUAUCAUUAUCACACUAUAAUUUUAACAUUGCACUACCAAUAUUAUUUAUUUAUGUUUCAUUAGCUAGGAGACAAUCUGUACGUUCUGUGCAUUAUUUAAUAAUUUAGAGACCAUUUAGAGGAAUCUCCAUACUAUGUUUUUUUUUAAAUAUUACACUUUAGUAAAGUUUCACUGGUCAGUAAAGUUGAACGGCACUUCGUUUUACGAUAGUGACAUACAUUUUACUAUUACUAUUUUAGGUACGACAAUUCGCAGAUUAAUGUGAUAAAUCUAGAAAAUAUUCAUGUUCGUUUGAUUAAGUUGCUAUUUUUAAAUUUUGACCAAGAACAUCCCAUGUAACUUAAUUAAUUAGUACUUUGUAUUCGUAAAGAUAAACGAUCUCCAGUCGAUCGCUAAGUUAUAGAAUACUGUUGUUGAUAAUGUGUUGUAAUUCUGGCCAAUAUGUACGCAUUGACGGUUCGAUAUCUCGAUACAUUUUAAUCGAUUAGUUUCAUAUUAAAAUUACCUUUGAUACAAACAUUUUAAACAAACGAUUAUCAAUUACUCUAGCAGACUCGAUUUAUCGAUAAUGGGUAUCGAUAGUCACUAAGAAUGCUUUUGCCUCAACGUUACCAUAUGUAAAAACGCUUAUCAUUGUUAAUCAUUGAGCGAUAUCAUAAUGAAAUAAAAAAAGAAUUGAAACAUAAAAUAAAGUUUCAGCAAAUGUAUCGAUUUAUCGAUGUUAUAGGUAGGGUUGGUUAGCACUUGUAAUAUUUCAAUGUAAUUAUUGCAUUUAUGAAAGCAAAUUGAAGAUUUUUAUUGUAAACAUUAUAAUUAUUGUAACGAAAAGCUUAUUUGGUAUAUUUAAGCGAUAACAAAUAUUCACAGCUUCAUGUUUCUCGUUUAGUAAGAAAAAAAUUCAUAUUGGAACACACAUAGAUCGUUAGUCUAGUAAUUGGGGAAGUAAAGGUUAAUUAACCGUCAUUAAUCACUAAUCAAUUAAUCGUAAUUAAUUAUUGAUUCGUCAGUUAGGUUGUGUACAGAAAAGCUGUGCUUAUUGUGCAUACAAUUAUUAUAAGCUUUUAUUUAUUGUGAUUCUUUUUUAAUAAUGAAAAUAUAAUCAAUUUUGUUUAUUUGUUAGAUUUUUUUUCUCUUGGGAAUGUAUUAAGGCGGUGAAGCAGUUUUGUUUGGACUCCGCGUCAUUGAGACGCGCAUAAUGAAAGAGCAUAAGCGAACGCGAUGGACAUAUAACUAGUUUGUGUAAAGAUUAAGAUAUUAUAAAGAAUAUAACCAGCUGUCUCAUACAUGAUGAUAAAAGUGUUUGAAAAUCGGACUGUUUAUUAACGGAAUAUUUGAAACGGUUACAAAACAAUUCAAUUGAAAUUUAAUUAAUUGUUAAUGUCGUAAUUUCUUUAUUUUAAUUCAAACUUGGACUUCGCCUUUACUUACAUUAUAUUGACUGCAGGUCAUUUGUGGAGGCUCCUUUGCACAGGAUGCCGGCUAAAUUAUGAGUACGAAAAUGGGCGACUAUUUUUGCUGUGAAGCAGUAAUGUGUAACCAUUACUGUGUUUCUGAGACUUAACAUCUUUUAUCUCAAAGUGACGAGUGCAAUUUUUAUUAUUUAUGUAUGUAUUUCAUUGUAAUGGGCAGAGCGGAUCAAUUUCCAUCAGCUGAACGUCCUGUUCGUCUCGUAAGGGAUAAAAAAACCUUUGCAUAGUUCAUUGUUUAAUCUGAUAUGAAAACGGAUCAAUUACGGCAUUUGAAUUGCUGUUGGCAAAUAGAGUGAUCAACAAUAAAUAUAGUUAUUCAUAAACAAUUUGUAUUAUAAGUUAGCUAGAGUUCUUCAACAAAUAUAAUCAAUUAUUUUCUAUUAAGAAAAAUUUUCCUCUUUAUCCAAUUUGUGCUUAUCUUUUGAAAUUUCCACUGGCGCUUGUAUUCUCUAAGUUUAGAUUACAAUUACCUAUUUAUAAUGACUGCUAGUACCAGUGGGAGGCUCCUUUCCACAGGAUGCCGGCUAGAUCAUGGGUACCACAACGGCGCCAUUUCUGCCGUGAAGCAGUAAUGUGUAAACAUUACUGUGUUUCGGUCUGAGGGGCGCCGUAGCUAGUAAAAUUACUGAGCAAAUGAGACUUGACAUCCUAUGUCUCAAGGUGACGAGCGCAAUUGUAGUGCCGCUCAGAAUUGUUGGGUUUUUCAAGAAUCCUGAGCGGCAUUACAUUGUGAUGGGUAGAGCGUAUCAAUUACCAUCAGCUGAACGUUCUGCUCGUCUCGUUUCUUAUUGUCAUAAAAUAAAUAUAGUAAUUUUUUGCUUUUUUUAGAGAAUUGAACACAUCUGUAGUUACUACACACAUUUAUUUCCGAGAAUGAUGCGCCAGUGGAAUGCCUGAUAGUUUAGUCUAGAUAAUACAUCUGUCAGAAUUGAUAGAUGUCUAUAAAUUAUGUCAAUUGUGACAGAUGUACGAAAAUUUACGCCCAAAAAUUUGAAUAAUUUUGAAAUGUUUAUGUAUUAAUUUUAUAGUUGUAUAAAAUUGUAUUAACACGCUGUCGUGGUUUGUUCUACACGACGGGUGUUCCUUCGUUUCUCGUUGUUCGGUGUCUGUGGUUCGUGCGAUGUUAUCGUUUUCUUUAUCAUAAUAAUAUUAAUUUUAGUAUAAUUAUAAUUGAAUUUUGAGCCACAGGCAACGAAGAGGCGUUUGCUUGUAGUUUAUACAUUUCUUGCUAAUCGUCCAUUUUUUAGGUUUCCCUAGAAACAAUCAUGUAAUGUUACAAGUCUUUUUCGGUGUUUCUUGAGCAUUCUUUUGGCAGCCAUUUUGUUUUGAGUACGCAUCACAAAAUGACGACCGCCUUGUGUGUACUGUGUGAAGUACAGACGAAAGGGUCCCUACAAAAUGUAUUUACACAUCAAACAUGGCUUCUAUGUACGUUCUAUAUAUUAUGUUAGCAAUCGAUGGAUUUAUAAGGAGAAAGAUUUAAUAAAAUUAUUAUGAAAUUUA